GGGAAGGGGGUGGGCUGUGCUGUUGCGUGGAAGUAGAGAAGGGGACACCAUUGUACCACAGGGUCACCCAUCUCUUCUGGGUCCACUCUCUCUCUCAAUCCCUAUAAGUGUUGUAUGACUCCUUGGGAAAUGAUGGGUUCAAAGCCUAACUCUUCUAAGCUUCUUCAUGUUUCUACUCCCCUUUUCCCUUCGAUUCCUUCCACUCACCUGCCGCUGCUGCUUUCUCUAAUUUUCUUACCUUCUGGCUACUUGCGAUUGCUUCUUUUGCCUGAAAAUAAACUCAAUCUGUACUUUUAACUGCUUAGCUUAAUGUGUACAGAGUAAGUGUAGAUACUUAGUUUUGAAGGACAAGCUGUAGCUAACAACUUCAAUAAUCAUUGCUGAUCAUUUAAUUAGAGCCUUGAAACACUGAGUUUCCACUAUAGCGAGAAGAUGACUAAUCAUACUCAAAAUUCAGAGACUGAGAGCAGCUCCAACUCAUCGUUAUCGUCAUCGUCUUCGUCAUCACCGCCGUCACCUUCCUCAUCCUCUAACCCAAACUCUGACCCUGUCCCAUCAAAACUCCAGCGAAAACUAGAGCUACAAGACCCGCAGUCCCCCUCCAAAAAAAUCAAACGCUUGCGAGACUCCAACAAACACCCAGUCUACCGUGGAGUUCGCAUGCGAAACUGGGGCAAAUGGGUGUCUGAAAUCCGUGAGCCUCGAAAAAAAUCCCGCAUUUGGCUCGGUACUUUCCCUACCCCUGAAAUGGCAGCUCGAGCUCAUGACGUCGCUGCCUUAAGCAUCAAGGGCAACUCCGCCAUUCUCAACUUCCCCGAGCUCGCCAACUCUCUCCCUCGUCCAGCUUCACUCGCUCCUCGUGACGUCCAAGCUGCCGCAGCAAAGGCAGCCCAAAUGGACACCUUUGACCAAAAAUUUGACUCAAAAACAUCUUCUUCAAUGUCUUCAGCGUCUACCACUUCUUUAUCCUCACUGGUAUCAGCGAUUGAUUUGUCAACAGAAUCAGAAGAGGAGUUGAGUGAGAUCGUGAAGUUGCCAAGUCUGGAAACGAGUUAUGAGUCGUCCGAGUUGAGAAGCGAUUUUCUGUUCGACGACUCGGUGGACGAGUGGGUAUAUCCUCCACCGUGGCUGCAAAGCGCGGAGGAUUGCUACGUUGGUGGGUGUCUCUUUGAUGAGUUAACGCCCAAUAUUGGUAGCUUUGGGCAAGGUUUGUUAUGGGACUAUUAAAUUUUUCUUCUUCUUGGUUCUGUUUGUGAAUAAUGUAAUUUUGUGUAUGUGUGUGCGUGUUCUUCUUCUUUCUUUUUUCUUUUUCUUUUUUCUGUAAUCUAAAAAAGAUUUUAGCCCUUUCCCUUUUACUUCAAAGGGCUAAAACUGUUCUUUCUUUUUUGGUUUUUGUCUGGAGCUCAGCUGUUUUCUUGUGACAUUGUGACCUCUUCAAAUGAAUCUAAGUAUCUAACUCUACACUGUUAGAAAAGAGGCAAAACGCCAUAACUUUUUGCUUU